GAACCCCACACGCUUCCCUUAAUCCUCAGGACGGAGCUCUGACGCUAAGGGGCUUACGGCCACUGUCAGAGGUGGAAGGAAGCGCCCCAGGACACUCUGCAGCGGGAAGCGGGUGGAGGCGGACGUCGCAAUGAGGCUCAGAGGAUUUUGUGGGCAAGCGGCGGUGGCAGUGGUGGUGGUGGUGGUAGGAGCGGCAGUGGUGGUGGACGGCCUGCCAAGCUUCUGGUGGGGGACGAGUGGCGAAUACUACGACGAUGUAAUUGACCCGGUGUCUUCAGACAGCGGCAAGUCCCUCAUAGCUAAGCAGGAGGCGCAGGAGAUGGUGAACAAGUGGGUGACUCCAGGUGUGGCCACAGGUAACCUCUGGAGCCAAGCGUAUGCACCAGGGAGCGCUUGGGGCACCUCGUACGACUGGCCCGCCACUAACACAUACUGGCCGCCGACAUACAGCAGGAUUGUACGCGAUGCUUCUGACUCAGGUGACAAUGGCCAGUCCCAACAGAGCAGUGAUAGCGAUGGUGACAAAAAGGAAGAUAAAAAACAGGAGGACGAAAAGAGCGAUGGAAAUGAGCAGAUGGAUGAAGGUAAAAAACAAGACGAGAAAGAGAAGGGUAAGGAGAAGAAAGACGAUAAAGAAAAGCAAGAGAAGAACAAAAGAAGUGCCCCAAGUAACGGAGAAGAGGAGAACAAAGGAAAAGGUAGCAAACCAUCGCAGGAAAAGGAAAAACAGAAGAAAGGCAAGGAAGCAAAGAGCAAGAAAGAUGGUAGCAGCUCAGUGGGGCAGAAGAAGCAGGAAAUGGGGAAGAAAUACAAUGCGAAGAAAUAUAACAAUAAAUUCAAGGGAAGCAAGGAGAGUGAAAGCAGUGAAAGCAGUGAAAGCAGUGAAAGCAGCAGUGUUAGUAGCGAGAGCAGCGAAAGCAGCGAGAGCAGUGAAAGCAGUGAGAGCAAAGACAGCUCAGAAGAGACCAAAGAAAAAACAAAGAUUGCAAAGAAACAGAAGAGAACCGCUGGUGACUAUUUGAUGGCUGCCAGAUUUCGAGAACCUGAAGUUUUGGAGGACGAAGAUGAAGUCGGGGAGUGGGUGAUGGUGUGAAAAUCAUGACAACUCUCUCUCUCUCUCUCUCUCUCUCUCUCUCUCUCUCUCUCUCCCUAGAAGGGUGUUUGAUUAUAUUUAAAGUCUAAUCGCUUCGCUAAGUGUUAAUUGUAGCCCACAAGAUGUGUACGCCAUGUUAAACCAAAUUCUGCCUAGUAAAAUUUCAACCGUGUUCUCGUUCCAGUGUUUGCUCACCAUCAAGGGAGCUCUGUGAUGCGUGUAUUUUGUGUUAAUGUUGCUGUAAUAGCGUUAUUAAAAUGUUUUUAUCUAGUGAGUGUUUCUGACAAAAUUAUGCCACUUACUGAGGUUCUGUGUGGCUUUUAGUUUUUAUGAUUCCUUCAGUCCUGCUCGUGUGUAUGUGUAACACUACUACGCCUCUCUGCUCUCGUUGUUGUUUCUGUGUGUUACUUUAUGUUCAUGCUGUUCGAUCUUUUUUUAUUCUUUAUGUCAUCUUUAUGUUAUUAUUAUUUUUUUCAACUCUAUUCACAUGUUUUAUCUCAUUUCAAUUAACUAAUCAUCUAUUUAUUUCACUAUUAUCAGCACUUUAUCUAUUCAUUCGCUAAUCAUCUGUUUCUUUACUUAUUCCAAAGAGGAGAAGGGGGACGAGUUUGAGAACAGGCUAUCUAUUAUUUAUUUUUCCCUACCGUCGUUGUUCGUGCUUGUGAUCUCCUCCCAGUACGCGAAAAAAAAAAUAAUAACAAUCAUACCAAGUUCAUGUCCUUCUCCCUAAACUGUAGCUGGUGAGCGUGAGUGCUGCUUUGUGUUCUGCGUCGUGGCAGACAGAGAGCCCGUUGUAGCGGUGCACUGGCGCUUCCAUAGCUAGACCACAGUUCCCGUAAACAAUUGUAACUUUUCACACACUUACUUUUCUUGUACAGUCUCUCAAAAAGUUAUGCGGCACAGAGAAGAUAAAACUGAGCUUCUCUCUCUCUCUCUCUCUCUCUCUCUCUCUCUCUCUCUCUCUCUCUCUCUCUCUCUCUCUCUCUCUCUCUCUCUCUCUCUCUCUCGUGAUAUAAGCCGAAAAAGUAUCUAUCUAUUUUCUACAUUUUCAAGUUCAUUUUUGCCUCCUCUGUAUUAAACUAUGAGUCUUUUUUUUGCUUUUUUUGUUUACUUUGUUUUCCGCUAUAAAUUAAUGGUUACUCUUUUAUCUUUUUUUGUCACAGCAUCAUAAGAUCAAUAAAGCUUAACUUUC